AUGUUUCACCACCAUCAUCAAUCUCACAACGUCAACUCUAAUAUUGAUAUCUAUUCAACUCCAAUAAGGGGUGAAAGUUUAGACGAAAAUGAGAUGGAGUAUGAUGAUGAUGAUGAUGAUGAUGAAAAUGAAGGAAAUGAUCAAGAUGAUCAAUAUGGUGAAGAUGGAAGAAAUUAUGUUCAUCAUGUUGAUGCUAGUCUUUACACCCAACCAUCAUUUCAAGAUCUAGUUUCACAAUUUGGUUCACCACCGAGCUUCACUCAAUUGGUUCAACCAUCUCAACAGCUACCUAAUAAUAAUGAGGAAGCCCCUAUACCUUCAAAGAAAAGUUGGGAUUUGAUUGAAGAUAUUGCUCUUAUGUGUUCAGUCAUGAACACAAGUACAAAUCCAAUUGUGAGCACCAACCAAAAGAUAAGAGUGAGGUGGCAGAAAGUUAAGGAAGCUUAUGAAGCAGCGAGGAUGGAACGACCCCAUCUGAUCCCACGAAGAACCGCUGACAUGCUUAAAUGUCGUUGGGGUAGAGUUGCUCCAGCAUGUUUGAAGUGGUCUGAAAGUUAUAAUGAGGCUCUUAGGAGGAAGAAGAGUGGCACGACAGACGAAGAUGGUGGGCCUUCUGGUAGUUUGAAUGGUUAUUUGGCUUAUUGGGCUUUUUGGCUUGGCCCAUCAGAUGGGAGAUAG